CCUCUGGUUUCAGUUCAUUGGCGAAUGGCGCUCGGUCACGGUCUCUCAAAUUCACUGGUCAUCGGUGUGGCGGAAUCCCGAUUGCUUCCAAAAGUUCUUUUACAGUCUCUUCGACUCUUUCCUCAAUCCCGAAACCGGUUUAUCCUUCCCUCUUUCCGGGGGUUCUGCCGUUUUCGGGCUUUUGGAGGCUGGUCUGCUAGCUCCUUCUAUUUCGUCUACGCCUUCACUGGUUACGGAUGGUGUGGCAAGGUGCGGCCUUCUGACUUUUGACUUUUCUUCUCUUACCCAUUACACACCACCCCUUUUUUCUUUCUUCUUUUAGUGUACUAUAGAGCGGUCAAGGCUGCGCGAGCAGGUCCUAUGGGCGGGAUGGAUCGGGCAUGCUUUGCGCUCUGGGUUGCGGGUGAGAUACCUAACAUUUCAGUCGAGUUUUGAUGGUUAGUGGUGGCUGAUUGGGGGGUUAUGGUGGUUAGGUGGUGGAUGGAGUAGGGGAGUGUUGUGGAGAGAGG